UUCGAAACUCAACCUAUGAAAAAGAUCCAAAGCUAUGGACUCCUAACAUAAUCCACUCUUCUUUCUAAUUAUUUAUUUUUUUUUAUCAAAUUAUGUAUUCAAUUUGAUUUUUCAAUCAUCUUUUUUCCGAUUGAUUAUUUUUUCUUCCGGCUGUUAUGGCCAAGGGGAGGCGGCUAACGGCGAGUCAUAGCGAGCGGUUACUCGGCAGCUACGCUUACAGUAACGGCCAUGACACUUCCAUUUCCACCGAUUCAUCGGAGCUUGGAGAGGAAGAUGUUUGGUCCAUGGUGGAUGAUGUCGACAGAAAUGAUGACGGGCAAAUUAUGAGUAAUUCAAAUGGAGACUGGAAUUCACGCGCCGACAAUGAGAGUGAAUAUGGGAAUAUAUCUAUCAGGAGCCGCCGCAGAAUCCCGCGGGAAGAGCACCACGUGGGAGGACUGUCGUUGGCUUUUGAAGAGUCUUCUUCAGGUAAAACGGCGUCGUCGAGAAUUGUGCAGCAGUUCCGUGGGCAUGACAGCGUGGCAGCAGCUUCUCCCCGACACAUGGCCACAUCAGCACCUGUGAACGUUCCUGAUUGGAGCAAGAUUUUGCGAGUUGACUCAGUUGAGUCUUUGCAUGGCUUUGAUGAUGGGUUCGAUGACCGUGACUCGGAGAUGGUUCCCCCACACGAGUACCUGGCGCGUGAAUACGCUAGGAGUAAGAAAAUGGGCGGCGCCUCAGUGUUUGAGGGCGUAGGCAGGACGCUUAAAGGCCGUGAUCUGAGGCGCGUGAGGGACGCUGUGUGGAGCCAAACCGGGUUCGAUGGAUAAACUGCGUAAAAUCUUAUAGCCUAUUUGUAAUUUUUUUUACUUGGGCAAUGAUUCGGCCGAGUUGACUCGGUUCUUAGCGAAUGAGGCAAUUCGGUAACGAGUGAGCUCAAGCAUGAAUUCUUGCUUAGACCCGCUGGUAAUUUAGCCUCCAAAAUUAACAUUUUCCAAUUUAUUUAACAAACCAGCUCUCAUGUUCGUGAUUGAUUAUCUAUAAACUUAGUCAGUUGCGGAA